AUGGAACAACUGCAAUCGGCACGCCGCGAGGCCAUGAAGUCGUUCAACAAUGAUAGCAUGCUCAUUGAACAGCUGAUCAUUCGUCCCAGACAUGUUGAGGUUCAAAUAUUUGGUGAUUUACAUGGGAACUACGUCUACCUCUGGGAACGCGAUUGCAGUAUUCAGCGGAGGCAUCAGAAAAUCAUUGAGGAAGCUCCGGCUCCCGGUCUGUCCGAAAGCACCCGGCGGGCAAUUGGUGAGGCUGCAGUGGCUGCCGCCCGUGCGGUAAACUAUGUUGGCGCUGGUACCGUCGAGUUUGUGAUGAAUCGGGAACAACAAUUUUAUUUCAUGGAAAUGAACACACGAUUACAGGUUGAGCAUCCUGUCACUGAAGCAAUCACCCAAACCGAUCUGGUUCAAUGGCAAUUAGAGGUGGCUGCGGGAAAACCGCUCCCUAUUCGGCAACAGGAUCGAAUUCCCUUUGUCGGACACGCUUUCGAAGCACGGAUCUAUGCUGAGGAUUGCUCAAAUCCGGCCCAGAUGAUGCCGACCGCGGGUGCAUUGAAGUUUCUUUCUCCCCCAAAAGGAUCAGUUAAUUAUACGCACAUUAAUGGCUCAGUGCGUGUGGAUACAGGUGUGCUUUCGGGUGACAAAAUCUCCGUACACUAUGACCCGAUGAUUGCCAAACUUUGUGUUUGGGGCGAGACCCGCGAGCGUGCGUUAGACCGUAUGAAAUGCGCUCUGGCCAACUAUCAGAUUGCCGGCAUUCCGACCAAUAUUGAUCUACUCCAGCAUUUGAUUUCACAUCCCGGUGUUCGUUCGGGUUGUGUGCAUACAGAAUUUAUCAAGGAACACUUGGAUGACCUGCGCCCUGCAUCGGCCGAAAUUCAACUGGGUGAUGGCGCAUCAUCAUCAUCAUCAUUUCUGCACGUCGCAGCUGCCGUUUGGGCUACUUUAGAACCAAUACUACACGCUGCAUCACUCUCCAGCCAACGAGCUCCCACGUCAUGGCCUUCUGAUGCAUUCGGCUUUCGUCUGAAUCUAUCAUACACACGUCAGUUUGAACUUGCGCUGAACAAUCAUCCGAGGAGUAUCGUGAGAGUCACAUACCCGAAAUAUGGUACUGAUUCUGGUUAUCGCAUUUCUAUUGUCCAGUCACCUGAUUGUUCCGUAACUGCGGAUGAAGUAUCUGCUGUUGUCACUCUCUUGGAUUCACCAAAAGUCGAUCGCGGUCUGCAAAAUUACGUUUUUCAAGUUGAACUGGCACUUCUCGAUCCGACACACACCAACUUGAAUGUAAUUUCGCGUCGUCAGUGCACCGUCACUGCGGUUCACGAUGCCGAAGCUAAUCGGCUACAUCUGUUCAAUGAUACAGACGGCUCACACUCAGAAGUCCAUUUACCCGAUGCGCAGUCGUAUUCGUCUGAUCGAUCAGUAUCGAUGUAUGAUAAUGCACUUGGCGCCUCGGGAGAAGGGGAUGAUCCAUCAAUUUGUCUAUCUCCGAUACCGGGCGUGAUAGAGCGAAUAUUUAUCAACCCCAAUGAGGUUGUCACUGCUGGACAGGCUUUGGUUACUCUAAUCGCGAUGAAAAUGGAAUACACUGUUCGCGCCAAGGUUAAGGGCCAGGUUGACCGAAUCACUGUAUCACCGGGAGACACGGUAGGCAAGGACCAGUUCCGGAACGAUAUGUGCUCUCUGGUCCCGUUGGAAUUUACGGCCAUCCUAAUUGGUGGUUUUUUCAGCUACACCGAUUAA